UUCAGCUCAGGUAUACACUGUUUUUCUCAAUUCCUCCCAUUUUUUUCUCUUUCCUAGGUCUCCUGCCCUAGGGUCCCCAGCACACUGAGCACAGCCUCCCCUGAUGAGCACACCAUUGUUAUGUAAUGGUGUAACCCUGCCCAUUCACCUCUCAGGAAGUGCCAAGCCAGUAGCCUUACUCUGCUUCCCUCAUGGGUGCCCUGAUGAGAAAGCUGAUGUUUUAGGGAUAGUCUUGCCUACCUCCCACUUGACUGCAUUUGUCUGGGAAAAGGCUCUCUUACUCAUGGAGCCUGCCUGGGUCCAGGUCCCCCUGACAGGUACUCUCAGGUUACUGGUGCUCUGGGCAUUUCUAUCACCUGUCUGCUGCUCUCAUGGUCCACCAGUAUGGCGCUUCACUUCCUCUGAAAUUGUGAUCCCCAGGAAAGUGCCCCAUAGGAGGGGUGGAGUUGAGAUGCCAGACCAGCUCUCCUACAGCAUACGCUUCCAGGGCUGAAGGCAUGUGAUCCACAUGAAGCUCAACAAGGCCUUGCUGCCCAGACAUUUUCCUGUUGUUACUGAUAAUGACCAAGGAGCCAUGCAGGAGGACUAUCCCUUUGUCCCCCGAGACUGUUACUACUACAGCUACCUGGAAGGAGUUCCUGGGUCUGUGGCCACACUGGACACUUGCUAUGGAGGUCUGCGUGGCAUGAUACAGGUGGAUGACUUGACUUAUGAAAUCAAACCCCUGGAGGCUUCUUCCAAAUUUGAACAUCUGCUAUCUUUACUUGAGUCAGAAGAAAGACCAGGAGAGGCUGAAAUGUGUAACAUUGGCGAGGAAUAGACAGAUCAAGCAUUUGAAAAGGUAAAACUUGCUGAAAUUCCUAGAGCAGGCCCCGUUUAUUUGUGGAGGCUUCAUAAGAAACACCUGAAACUUCACUACACAAUUUCUAACUCAUUAGUUUUGCAACUGCACAGAAAUAUGUCACGCAUAAUAGAGAGUACAGUGGUUGUAAACAGCAUACUACAUACUAUUUUCAAACAGGUUUAUUUAAAUGUCUUCAUACGUAUGUUGUGCAUAUGGGAUGGCAUGGACGCAUUUGAACUUGAUAAGUGGAAGAAUGUCGGAAGAGCUAUGGGUGAAUUUGGUUUGUGGAAAUAUUGGGGAUGGUUUUUUACAUUUCCACAUGAUACUUCACUUCUUUUAACAGGACAUGCAGUUUCAGGAAGCUACUAUUAUACCAACUUUAAGGGAAUGUGCAAUCCCAACUGGGGAGUAGUAUAUGUGUUUGUAUCAAGGGUUCACAUAUUUUUAGCUGCAACUGUUGCAGCACAUUCACUAUGUCAUAACAUGGGCGCAAACCACGAUACAGAGGAGUGUGUUUGUUUUCGAAGAAGCAACUGUCUCAUGAAAACUCCAGCUGGUCUUCGAGAUAUAAUGAGUAAUUGUUCUUUUGGUUUUCUUCAUGAAAGACUUCAUACAUGGGAUCCUUGUUUGAGCGCGCCAAACGUACUGUAUAAAAAUUUUCCUUAUGUAGCUCCCCGUUGUGGAGACAAGAUCAAAAAUCAGCAGGAAGAAUGUGAUUGUGGCUCUAUUAAAGACUGUCUUGAUGGUAAGUGUUGUGAGACCAAUUGUGCCCUCAGACUUGGCAGUGAUUGUAAUACAGGACGUUGCUGCAGGAACUGUAAAUAUGCUCAUCCUGGACUGCUUUGCAGGGACAUACUUGGUAUUUGUGAUCUACCAGAAUACUGUGGUGGGAAAAACGAGACGUGUCCAGACGAUGCCUACAUUCAGGAUGGAACUCCAUGUUCAGCAGUAGCUGUUUGUGUGAGAGGAAACUGCAGUGACCGUGAUUUGCAGUGUCAAGCCCUUUUUGGUUACCAAGUGCAAGAUAGUAAACCAGCAUGCUACAAAAAAUUGAAUGUAAUGGGUAACCGAUUUGGAAACUGUGGGGUUAGGGUAAUACGAGGGGGAGGUUUACCUGUGGAGUGUGAAGAAGAUGACGUUUUCUGUGGAAUGCUGCACUGUAGAGGUAUCAAAACAAUUCCGGGUGGAGGUGAGCACACUACAUUUCGUAAACUAUUAAUACAAGAUGUUGCAUCAGAAGAAUGCUCUGGAUAUGAUGCACACUUCGGAACAGAACUGCCAGAAAUGGGGCUUGUAGUGGAUGGUGCAACAUGUGGCCCAGGAAGAUACUGUAUGAGGCAGAAUUGUACUUUUUAUCAGGACAUGCAUUUUGAUUGUGAUGUGAGGCAAUGCAAUUUCAGAGGAGUGUGCAACAACAAAAAACAUUGUCAUUGUAUUCCUGGUUGGAAACCACCGACUUGUGAAGUGAGAGGGUUUGGUGGCAGUAUAGACAGUGGCCCUCCAUCUGAUUCUGACAUUACUGUUCGAGCCAACAUACUUGUGAAUUUAAACUACUCGAUAAUUUUUAUGUUAAUUCGUUUCAGUAUUUUGCUGGUUGUGUUUAUCAUUGGUGGCCUUACACAAGCAACACGAUCUGUAGAAGAGAGAACAGUGGAAGUUACUCAAGCACCCGUAGGUACUAAGCCUGCAUAAAUACUAAUGAAAGCCCAUGCAGAGGAGAAAAUCACAGUGGCACUUACUGUGAGAAAUGAUCAAUAAUCACUCUGACAACUACAUAAUCUUUUGACAAUUCUGAGGUUG